UGCCGCGCGAGGGAUGAGAGCACUUAAAGUCGCCCCCGGCUCGGCGCCGAGCAGCCGAGGCGGGCAGAGGCGGACGCUGUAGCUGGCUGUGGUGUUGGUGGCAGAGUACUGGCUGGCAGCACAGCAUUUGAGGAGACUGGACUGAAAACUCAGGUCAGAGGCUGCCCCCGCUGCUGCUGCUCAAUUCUUGGGCGAGGCGAAACCAGCCCUCCAGGCUAUGGGAGGUGCUGUGGUGGACGAUGGUCCCACUGGCAUCAAGGCCCCCGAUGGGGGCUGGGGCUGGGCCGUCCUCUUCGGCUGUUUCAUCAUCACGGGUUUCUCCUACGCCUUCCCCAAAGCGGUCAGCGUGUUUUUCAAGGAGCUCAUGCAUGAGUUUGGGAUUGGCUACAGCGACACGGCCUGGAUCUCCUCCAUCCUGCUGGCUAUGCUGUAUGGCACAGGCCCCCUCUGCAGCGUGUGUGUCAACCGCUUUGGCUGCCGGCCUGUCAUGCUUGUGGGCGGCCUCUUUGCAUCCCUGGGAAUGGUGGCCGCGUCCUUCUGCCAAAGCAUUAUCCAGAUCUACCUCACCACAGGGGUCAUCACAGGUCUGGGUCUGGCUCUCAACUUCCAGCCUUCCCUCAUCAUGCUCAACCGGUACUUCAACAAACGGCGCCCUAUAGCCAACGGGCUGGCCGCAGCGGGCAGCCCGGUGUUCCUCUGUGCGCUGUCUCCACUGGGGCAGCUGCUGCAGGACCACUAUGGCUGGCGGGGUGGCUUCCUCAUCCUGGGGGGCCUGCUGCUCAACUGCUGCGUGUGUGCUGCGCUCAUGCGGCCGCUGGUGGCGCCCAAGGCAAGUGGAGGGACCGAGUCCCAAGCACCCCAGCGGCCAUCCAGGCGCCUUCUGGACUUGAGUGUCUUCCGAGACCGUGGCUUCCUCAUCUACGCUGUGGCCGCCUCCAUCAUGGUGCUGGGGCUCUUCGUGCCUCCGGUGUUCGUGGUGAGCUACGCCAAGGAUCUGGGUGUGCCCGACACGAAGGCCGCCUUCCUCCUCACCAUCCUGGGCUUCAUCGACAUCUUUGCCAGGCCCACGGCUGGUUUCAUCACAGGCCUCAAGAAGGUGCGGCCCUACUCUGUCUACCUCUUCAGCUUUGCCAUGUUUUUCAACGGCUUCACAGACCUCACAGGCUCCACGGCCAGUGACUACGGUGGCCUGGUGGUCUUCUGCAUCUUCUUUGGCAUUUCGUAUGGCAUGGUAGGGGCUCUACAGUUUGAGGUGCUCAUGGCCAUCGUCGGCACUCACAAGUUCUCCAGUGCCAUCGGUCUCGUGUUGCUGUUAGAGGCUGUGGCUGUGCUCAUUGGACCCCCAUCAGGAGGCAAGCUGCUGGAUGCAACCAAAGUUUACAAGUAUGUGUUCAUCCUGGCCGGGGCUGAGGUGCUCACCUCCUCCCUUGUGCUGCUGCUGGGCAAUUUCUUCUGCAUCAGGAAGAGGCCUGAGGUGACACAGCCUGAGGUGGCAGCCUCAGAGGACACGCUCCAUAAGCCCCCUGUGGACGUGGGGGUGGACUCGAGGGAGGUGGAGCACUUCCUGAAGGAACAGCCUGAGAAAAAUGGGGAGGUGGUUCACACCCCAGAAACCAGCGUGUGAGUG